UCUGGCGUCAGUUUAAGUUGGGCUGCCGUCGAGAUUAAAAGCUUUCGCUCUCCGCUGAGUUUCGGUUCUUUUCGUUUGAGUUUCCUCAGUUUAUUCUUGAGUGGCCAAUCACCAAUUUCAGCUGAUGCUUGUUAUAGAUGCCCCAAUCGCGACACAGUCAGCGGAUCCAACCGGAUAGCUUUCAGAAGCGCGCCGUACGCCAACGGUGAUUUAUAACUGGUUGACUGUCUCUGCAGUGUCAAAAGGCGCAAUGAAACUAAACGUGAUAUAAGAGAAGAUUGCGUGUUGCAUCCACUGAUGAGAAGAUAAACGUGUGCUUUUUUCAAAAAAGAACCACCUGUGCACUAUUUGUUCGUUGAGAAAAGGAGAGCCUGUAUAUGGAGAACGUGAAGUGGUACAUCACUUAAAUAAGCAAAAAUAAUAAUUCUGUACAUGUAAAAAUGUAAUUGAACAAGAUCGUCAUAGGCCUGAAUUUUGUCAAACUACGAUAUAAAAUUACCAAGAAGGAAAGUAACGGUUCUAUUUGCUUUGAAAUGGCUAAACAAGGCUUGAAAUGUUGCAAGGAUAUCCAGGCGCUCGUUCAAGCGUGCCGCCGAUGAAUGUACAAAUCCUGUAAUCUCUGAAUCAUAAAACGAUUCCAACGAAAUCGGGCCGAGCAGUCUAAUAAAACUUCUAUAUAAGCCAUUAAAGUGGGGACGUCUUCUCUCGAAUUGUGUCUGCUGGGGGCGUUUUGCGGGUUACGAUUCCGUAUCAAAAGAAAAGAACGCAAAGAAAGAAAGUUGAUAUUGUCAGUGUCGUCAUCUUAAAAGGCAGAAACAGCGAUAGGGGAUUCUGAUUGUAAGAUAUAAGUGUGUGAAGCUGUCUGUGGUGAAAGUGUCGAGUGAAAAAUUUGAUCAAUUACGUCGCUGUAUCCUAUUUAGCACUAUAGAGGACCAACCGCCAACGGCAAAACCAAUCCUGGGCUUCCAGCACGCCAAAUAGCAAUAUUUGUGGGAUAUAUUUUUACUUUAGAUGAGAAAUAUACCGAAGAGCAUCGCCAUGAAGCUUUCCGAGAGUAAAUCCGACACAUCAAUCAUCGCCAACCUGUACAAAUCGAUUAACCACAAUUACCGGAGGCUGUCCAACACGAGCAGCCUUCUGCAUCGGAUUCCGGACAUGGAGAUACCGUUCUUGAGCAUCGCGGACGAGUAUGACGUCGAGAAAACGAUAGCGGAAGGCUGUUUCGCUAAAAUAUUUCUUGCUCACCACCGGCAUACCGGGACCACAGUUGUGCUCAAAGCAAUACACACCGAGCUCACAACACUGAAGGAGUUCAUCAAAGAAUUCCACUACAACUAUCAGCUCAGUCAUCACCCAAAUAUUCUCAGCUGCUAUCAGGUUAAGUUUCAAACAAAUGAAUACUACGUGUAUGCCCAGGAACAUGCGAUUUUCGGAGACUUGGCAGCGAAUGUUGGUUCUAAUGGGCUGCCCGAAUCGGUCUGCAAGAAGAUAGCUGAGCAGCUGAGCUCAGCGUUGGGGUUCAUGCACCUGAAAGGGUUGGUUCAUCGGGACCUGAAGUUGGAGAACAUUCUAGUAUUUACGCCUGAUUUUUCGCGAGUAAAGCUGUGUGAUUUUGGGACAACCACCCGUGAAGGCAUUUUAGUCAAUAAGAACAAUAAAACGUGGAUAUCAUUCCUACCCCCAGAAGUAUUAGAGGUUGUGAAAAAUGAAAGAUUCAUCUGCAAAGCAUCAUCAGAUUCGUGGCAAUUUGGAAUGGUCUUAUACGUUUGCCUGAUCGGAUCCACGCCAUGGAAGUCUGCCGAUUGGGUUCGCGACGGCAAGUAUGCAGCUUUCAUGAAGUACCAGAAACGAGAAACAACUAAAAUUCCGGAAAAUUUCAAGCGAUUCACGCCACGUCUGCUACGAGCAUUCCGGCGGAUUUUUGAACACAAUGAAGAAGAUCGAGCAAAAGUCAGUGAUAUUAUGAAAUAUAUGAAAAACAAAUGGAUGGACAAUAAGAUCACCACUUCUAAAUCUACUUCAAACAUUGCAAGCAAUCUUCAACAACAGGCUUCCUCCGAUCAGGAUUCUAUCAAAUACAUUAACCAUCGAGAAAGUCGAAACUCUUUCGACGGCAGGCUUCGUGCGCGGAGAAUGACCAGCUUUGGAGGAUUAACGCCGGAGCCCACUCCUGUGUCCGCUGUGGAUCAGGAAUCUAUCCGCAACAAAGUAUGGGACUGGUUGGAAUCGAACGAUUUGAACCGCCACGACAGCAUGGACGACGUAGUGGAUUUCUCCUUUUGGAACAAGAGCGAAUCUAAAUCGUAUCAGUUUGCCAAACGGGAAUCGAUUAUUGGGGCAUGUUCCACGACGACGACCACCACCAUGACGCUAACCACCAGCGCGAGAGAUGCCAGCAGUGCAACCAGUGGACACCGUUAUAAAUAGAAUGUCUGUGUAGGCAACGUGUGCUCCUAAAAUGAUCCACCAGCUAGAUCCAUCCCGGAGGAAUUCAAUAAGUGUAGUUAUGAAGAUAUAGCACCCUGUGCAGAACCAAUGCUCGAACUACAACACCUUUCCUCGCUAGAUAAAAGAGAUGAAUAAAUCACUCCUUCUGUCGUCCGCUAGAAUAUAGGUAGUACAUGUGAUUAUAUUAAUUAUAUGUGUGAUAAAAAGCGAUAAACAUCAGUAAAGUCAUGCAAAAGAUCGUAGAUGGUACAAUACAGAAAAAUAUAUAGUUUGUUAGUAUUUUAGCAAGGUGAUAGAGUGUUUAUGACGGUAUAUAUAUAUUUAUGAUAAUAAAGUAGAAGGAAAUUUAUCUAACUACGAUUGAAAUGCUAGUCAGAACGAAUAGUUCAACUUAAAUAAUCGUUUCCAUUGAAUGUUAUGUUGGUAUAAAUGUGAACUUGGCGAAGUAAUGGUAUGUAGAAAUAUUAUUUGUAAACGUAUUUGAAUUAUACAGAAUGGACGUAUUUUGAAGCGCUAAAGAACUGUUUAUAUAAUAAAAUGGAACUUAUUGGAAAUUGG